AUGCAGGAGUCCCAUCCCGCAUUCUCGAACGGCAAUCAGGGCGGAGAGCUGGCUGGUCAAGCUGCCGCCCCGCCGCCAGGGCAAAUCCUGACUGGCAAGCAGGAGCACUACCUCAAACGUGAGCUCAUUGCCCGGCAAGUUAGUGGAGAAAUCUCCGAGCUUAAUUCUCCCACCGCACUCCAACGUUUCGGCGCGCCCUUUCGAUCAGAAUUCGGUGAAGUCGCCCCGGUUGAUUCUGAGUUACCGAUCCUUCGCUAUAUAUUCGUUCACCAUGUUCGAAAUUUCCCCUUCCUCGACCAGGCACAUGAGAAGCAAUUCUGGCAAGAUAAGCUACAAGUGUUCCUGGAAUCAUUCGCCAAUAAACAUGUCUCAUCAUCGGAAGAUCGCCUUGAGGAAACAAAGCGCCGGAAGUUGGCUCGCAAGUGUGAGAAGCUUGUGGAGUUAAUGAUGGUUUCGGGAGUGCCGACAGCAUCGGGAUACGAAGAGCGUAUACAAUUCUCCGAGAUGGAAGUCGUCGAGCGUGGGGCCAAUGAUAAGGGUCUUCUGGUGAAUAUGCCUGAGGGCCAUGCAAUUAAUACCUGGGAUGUAAACGUGGCUGCGGUUCGCGUGACUUCUGUCAAGCGCACUGUUCGAUACCAUCCCCACGCAGAAUUCAUUAUUCGGGUUCGUCGAGACGACAAGGAAGAAUUUCAUAUCGGUCGAAGAUACGGCGAAUUCGUGAAGCUUCAUCGACGAUUACGCACAGAGUUUCCUGGCAAGCAUUUGCCCCCUCUUCCUCGCAAGAACAAGUCUUCAACAACAUCUAGCUGGUUUGGCUCAGCAGAUGACGAUAACUCUUCUGUUUCUUCCUUGUCCACACAGGAUGCUACGUUCGAAGAUGGAACUGGAUCAUCGGGUCGCACCUUGGCGCCCGGGGGAACCAUCAAGCGAUCAACAUCACGAGGAUCUUUCAGAUCUUCCAAGUCACCUCGCGCAUCUGGUGAUGUCUCUAGGGAGACGGUUCUCUACCGCGAGGAGCAGCGAGUGUCAUUGCGAGCCUUCCUUCGUACAUUGCUACAGAACAAGCGGAUUGCAGAGUCAAAGUCUAUAGAAGAGUUCUUGACUGCGAAGCCCAUUUCAUUAAACGAAGAGGAACUGCUAGAUGUCGACAGGCGGAAAGCUAUGGAUGCGAUCCGAAUUGAAGAGCAGAAGAAAUUCUAUGAGAUCGCCCGGCAGCGUGCAGCAGAGUUGGAUGUUUACAUGGAGAAAUUCCGUAGGGAUAUUGUGGAAAGCAAUGGUCUCACUAAACUCUUUGGGGAGAUUCGUGAGAAAUCCUCCAUUGACGAGCUGAGCCCUCAAUACCAGAAAUUCGCUGAGUGGCUUCGUAUUGAAGUUGCUGCCACCGUGUACCACUUGUUCCUUGCAGAAGACAACUCUCCUGAGUUAUUUGCACAGGCCAAGAGAAUUCACGGUCUCGUACCCUAUACUCUGCUGAAGAACGUAAUUCGCAUCGCCAACCCUGCAGCUGUCAUGUCUGGUGUUCUUGAUCUCUUCUUGGCCCAGCCAUUUGGAUCACGGUCCCUCCUGCAACGCAUUUUCUCCUUGACUUUGAACGACAGCAUUAAGGACUUCCAGAAGUCCAUCGCCUCUUUGAGUUCUAAAAUCGAGGACCCGGUGCUGUCCCAAAAACUUAAGACUUUUGUGGAUGCCGAUGAGGCGACUAAGAAUGAGAUUCGGGCUGAAGCUGAGACCGAAGAUGUUGAUAUUAUUGUGGCUAUCCUUCGUUCUGAGUCGUUAUCGCCAGAACUCACUCCAGAGCAGAUCGAGAAGGUGUUCAACAGCUGGGUCGCGUGGAAUUAUGCUGUGGACAAUGUGGAUUUGGAAAUGCAGCAAGGUGCCCAGUGGUUCGCAAACAUGAAGCAGCUACUGAAGUUGUACACCAGACAACGGGACAAGUCCAUGAUGCUGGGUAUCGUUGAAGAGCCUACCACACUGCAGCUCUUCCGUGAUCUCUUCACCAUCUUCUACGAGCCUCUCGUCCGUGUUUACAAGUCUGCCAACGUAUACAGCAGUAUCACAGACUUUGCUCAAUUUGCGGACGAUGCUAUUGCUGUCAUUGAAAGCGCCCAACGUCAAGAUGCCUCUGCGGAUCCGAACCAGACCGUGCAGUCAUUCAUUGACCUCUGUGCUCGUCACCAAGACAACUUUUACAAGUUUAUCCAUGAAGUGCACCUACACGAUAACGGGCUUUUCCAAUCUCUCAUGACCUGGAUUGAGGAGAUCCUUGACUUCCUUCGCAAGGGUCCUAAGGGUGGAAAGCUCGACAUGAAUGCUAUGUUCCAAGGGGCCGUUGGUGUUGGUCAAGUCGAUAGAGACAUCGCCCUUGCGGAAAUCAAUUCACUGAUCAAGUGGCACGAAGACCGCAAGCGUUGGCAUUUGAACAAGACUCGUCAAAAGAUGGCUGCUGAGGGUACAUCGGAGUCAGCUCCUGGCUCUGCUACCUUCAAGGGCAGUGACUUUGGACUGGAUGAGGCUGAUCUGGAAGACCUUACCAUCUCCGACGAGGCAUCUGAUUCUUCCGAUGAAGGAACUGAUGACGACGAAGAGGAUGACCCCAUUGCUGCUGAGCGUCGUCGCCGCGUCAAGAAGCAAGACCAGCUACGUCGUACCGCUGGAGAACCGAUCAAGCCUGAAGUUCACGAAAUACUCAAACUUGCUGACCCAUUCGUGGUCAUGCUACGCUACACGCUUGCUGAGUGA